AUUUAUUUUCUCUCUGCCAUGAAGAUGAUCAUGACAACUGUGAACUAUAAUCGGCUGGCCUUCAUCUUAACGAUGCUCAAUGUAAUGUUUGGUUGUGUACACGCUAGGCCGUAUCACGAGGACGGCAUAGAGAGUGAUCUUGUGCCACAAGUCGCUACAACCCGGGCUACAACAAAGAAGUCCCUGGAUAAUGGCCUCCCAAUGGACUUCCCGAUCAACUACCACGUUUUUAACGAAGAGGCAGUGAGCAGAUAUUAUACCCUUCAGAAGCUUCCAUUCGUUGCUCUUGAUGAAGAGACGGGUUCGGCCCGAGUAUCGUGUCGCAGUCUCACGAAUAGAACACACAAGCGGAUCUUUAAAGUGUUUUUGCAGCCCUAUUGUUAUGAUGCUCUUGUGACUGAUGUAGAGAGUGGGACGAUAAUCCUAGUUGAAGAUAGUUAUACCAGGGAAGAUGCUGUACGGGAAGCCACCAAAGCAUUGCUUGAAAGACUCAUAUCUACAGGGCAGAUGAAAGAUUCCACUUCAUGUUAUGUGCCAGCUUAUUCAUCACCACUCGUGCUCAUCCAAGGUAGUUGUCCACCAGGAAAGGGCAUCAAGUGUGAUACCGUAUGUGAGUUUGCCUGCAGUGGUGCUACCUAUACCCUGGUUGGAAAUCCUACCAUUAGAUGCGAGCCAAAUACGACUCUCUCCGAUGUUUUUCCUCGUUGCCAAGCAAAUGAACAACCAAUCACACACAACCAUGUGCCUCAUACUACGACUACUCCACCACCCUCGACAACAAAGAAAAGUCCGUCCACAAAGAGGAUGAAUUCUUCCACAACGGAGAAUGCUCUCACAACGGGAAAUCCGACGACAGCGCAAGAUCCACCAAAGACAAAGAAUCCUUUGACACCGGAGGGUUCAUCGACAAAGAAGGGUCCUGCCACCAAGGAGAAUCCUACCACAGAGAUAGGUCCUACCACAGAGAUAGGUCCUACCACACCAAGGAGACCUACACCACCGAGUCAUUCCACUUCGAAGACAGUGCCUUCUACUUCCGCUCUUCCUCAGACAUCACGUACAUUCAGGAAGUUUGGAUUUAUUGGCUUUUUAGGCGUUCCCCUACUCCUUCUGCCAGUAAUUUACAUCAUCUAUAAAUUACGUCACAGACAUGACAAACAACAGUACCGUGUUCUUGAUGAAAACACAGUGGAAGACGAUAUUGUUGAUAUUCCUCCUGAUGUUGAUGGGUUGUAUAAAGACAUGCACAUCUCUCCAGCCCUUCCAACCGAUCAAGAACUCAACCGAGAAGAGUGUUACACGAUGGAUCAACGCAAUAAGGGUCUGGUCUUCAUUUUGAACAACUACCACUUCCACGGUCCUGAUCGUGCGAGCGAAAGAACAGGCUCUGAUAUUGACGUAGCCAACGUAAAACAAGUCUUCACCGAGAUUGGCUAUACGGCAGACGAAGCUCAAGAUCUCAGUGCUGAGGAUAUUAGACUGGAGCUGAAGAACUUAACCCGGAAGAUCUUGCCCUCUCAUACUUCGGUGGUCCUAGUCUUAAUGAGUCACGGAAAGGAGGCAGGUAUUCAAGGUACCGACGAGGAGAUUGUGACCGUUAAGGAAAUCAAGGAUAUGUUCUCUGGGAACAACUGCCCAGCCCUGAUUGGAAAACCAAAGAUCAUGAUCUUCCAGGCUUGCCGUGGAGGGAAAGUAACGCCGAGUGCUCCAUCUCUCGCCACCUCCGUAGUGGAUAAUGGAAUAUGUACAGACUUCGUCGGGACUGACGGGGUAGCAAGGGAUGGAGGGGUUACCAUGGUAACAGAAGAUGAAGCAUGUUCCACAUCACGUGGUAGAGCUGGAGGAGGAGGAGGAGAAGUGGAAAUUGACUGCGGUGUACCGGACAAUGCUGAUAUGUACAUUGCUCAAUCCACGUCGGAAGGCUAUUUCUCACUACGUAAUACACAAAAAGGAUCUUGGUUCAUCCAGGCUCUCUGUGAAGAGCUGAUCGCCAGUGCCCACGACCACCAUCUCGAUGACAUCAUGACAAAGGUUACAGACAGAGUGAAGCGACAGGAGACAAGGAUACGCAUCAGCGACGACGAACGACAGCUAACCAUGCAGACCCCGCAGAUUAUCAAACAAGGGAUAGGAAAGAAGAUCUUCUUCUUACCAAAAUACCCUCCGCCAGCGGGAAGUCAAUAAAUUAAGAGGCAUCUAUAAAU